AUGGCGGAGAGAAGGUCUGUCUCUUGCUUUCAUAUCCUCCGGACAGUAGAAAGCCCAACUUUAGGGGGACUGGGUGUCUUCAAGAGCUCCACCCCAGGGGGACUGGGUGUCUCCAAAAGCCCAACCCCAGGGGGACUGGGUGUCUUCAAGAGCUCCACCCCAGGGGGACUGGGUGUCUCCAAAAGCCCAACCCCAGGGGGACUGGGUGUCUUCAAGAUCUCCACCCCAGGGGGACUGGGUGUCUCCAAAAGCCCAACCCCAGGGGGACUGGGUGUCUCCAAAAGCCCAACCCCAGGGGGACUGGGUGUCUUCAAGAGCUCCACCCCAGAGGGACUGGGUGUCUCCAAAAGCCCAACCCCAGGGGGACUGGGUGUCUCCAAAAGCCCAACCCAAGGGGGACUGGGUGUCUUCAAGAGCUCCAACCCAAAGGGGAAUGGGUGUCUCCAAAAGCCCAACCCAAGGUGGACUGGGUGUCUUCAAGAGCUCCACCCCAGGGGGACUGGGUGUCUCCAAGAGUCGCACCCUUGGGGAUCUCUCUUCAAAUAUACUCUUGCUUAG